GAAUUUAAUCAGUUUAAUGUAACUAGACCCAGUCUUCUUGGCCGUGUCUGUGUUUACAAAAAUUUUCAUUGUUCGAACGAAAACUAGAGUGAUCAGAUGGAGUGAAGAUAAUUUUUUUGUUUCCAUAUUCUCAAGUCUUGGUUGCAGCUGUACUUAACACGCUGAGAAAAACAGCUGAAUGUGGAAAAUGGCAGACACUUAUAGGCUUUUCAAUUUUUUACAGUGAAAUUCUAAAUUUUUAUGGGAUGUCUUUUGUAGUGAAACACGAGUCGAGGACAUAUACUUUUUAGUACUGUUAGACUUUCAGCGUUCGUCUGCCGGCUAUUUCAAAAUAUGGGGGUCUCGUCGACAAAGUUUCGGCAAGCAUUGCAGCGAGGAGAAGAAAACGAAGCUAUGAAUUUGUUCAUAAGGUAUCCAACCUUAAAACGUGCCGUCAGGUUGAACCGAUCUUUUGGGCCAAACCACGGCAAUAAUACAGCCGUGCAUUACGUUUGUGCCCAUGCCAUGAAACAACUGCUUCAGGACUUGCUCUCAGAAGGGGCUAAUCCUUUAUCGAAGAACUCCACAGGGCAAACUGCGUUUCAUUUAGUGUGCAAAGCGAAAGGAGACGAUGCUUCGAGGAGAUAUGAAUGUCUAAAGCUUUUGCUCACUUGGUUGAACGACAACGAAGGGAACGAGCCAGUCUCAAAGUUGACUAUUGAACAAGUUAUAGACGAGGUAUGUUUUGUCUUAGAAAUAUACGAACCUUUUAUUAGUUCGACCUUAUAAGUUCUUAUAUAGAACUGCCAGAGAUCCGUUUUAUCUGGGGGCAAUAUGAGGCAGUUUUAUCGCAAUUAUACGUUUAUAAAUAUUUGGAGCUCGUAAAAUUUAAUUGUGCAAAAGCUUUUGUAAUACAAAAAAGGUGUCUUUUAUAUAAAUUUAGGUGUUUAUUUCCUUCUUUUAUAGUCCCUUUUUGUUUUUCUUUUUCAGUGCCGGAUAUUAAGUAGUGCUAUUAAUUGAUCUUUAUUCUUUACAAACGUCAGAGCAUCAGGUGCUUUGUCCAGUUUGUGUCAUGUUUUUAUGUAAAUUGUGUUUCAUAAAUUAGCUUUUAGCAUGGACCACCACAUGUAGUUCUUAGCAAAGCUUUGUUCUUGACAAAGGAUGAGGAUUUUUUAGGCAAAUUUGAAUUGUUAUUGUGAAAGGUCUAGUCAAUAUUUGUUUUCGUAUUGGAAUAGUGGUCAUGUAAAUUUGCAUGAUUUGGGUGCCAGAUGUCUGGCUAAUAACGUCAUAGGUGUAACAAGAAACAAUUAUUGGAUGAGGGUUUCGUGAUAAUGGCGUAAAGGUCAACCUAACUGUUUUUAGGCUUACCUGAAAGUUGAUACUGAUAACACUUGCAUCUGAUAUACCAAAAACUGAAUUCAACAAUCGUUUUAUAACUGUACAUUGUGAUUAAGCUCAUUCCUGAUAAAAACAACAAUUUAAAUUCUACCACACAAAACAACAUAUAGUUCUUAAAAAAAUAGAGUAAAAACCAAUCAUAACAAGAGCAAUUAGCAACCUCGACAUACAGAUCCAGAUCUAGAUAUAAACUCAGAUCUGUCAGUUGCAUGAUUACCAUUUUAGCAAUAAGCAAUUAAUUUCAUUUUACAAUGUAUAAUAAGUGUAACAGAUAAUAGGUAUCUCAUCAUGGUUUUAUAUUUCAUAACAAGGAAUUUAUAGCCAAGAAGGAAGAUUACCAUUAAUAUGCAAUGAAUACAGUAAGAGUCUUCCUUUGGCCAGCAAAAUUUUCCGACAAAGUAAAAAAAUAUAGUAUGGUAGUAACGGUAUAUUGGGGUGCACUUUGGUUUAUCAAUUGAAUAUAGUAUGGAUGUUUUCUGGAGUGAUACAUUGAAAUUAAUUUAAAAUGUUAUAGGAUAAAAACUCCCCAUUACACUAUGCUGCUAACUCGGGAUUACUGGAUUGUGUUAAGGUGAGAUUGUGUGAUUGAAAAUUUAAAUGAUUUUAAGUAUUUUUGAAGCUUAUGUUUUACAGUUAUAUCAACAUGAGUGGAAAUUGUAAAAAGAGAAAUUGUGUGGUCAUCAAACACGACCAACACCUGGAGGGUGGAGUGUUCUCACACAAUUUCGAAUUAUCCCAAUUUCCACGCGUUUUGAUAACUGUUUUUUUUAUAUUUAUAUAUAUAUAUUUUUUAUAAUAUAGCAUAUUUUAAAGAGGCUGUCAAAUCCGUUCUGCUCAUGUGUGUGUUUUGUUUACAUUUUUUGUUUCAAACAACAGAUAAUUUACCCACAGAUCGGAAUUUUAAUUAAAUUAUCUAUUGUUUGAAACAAAAAAUGUAAACAAUACGGGUGCAUGAGCAGAACGGACUUGACAUGCAGCCUCUUUAAGAAAUAUGAAGAAAGAAAUUUUCCGUGAUGACAUUGAGCUAUGUCAACAUGUCUCUUAGCCAAUCAGCAUUCAGAAUUUGCAAAUGCUAUAUUAUAAUAAAAUACUGUAUGUACGGGUGUGUGAUAUUUGAAAACUAAAUUCUGUAGGAGUUGGUCACAAAUGGGGCACCAAUCUAUUUGGAGAACAAUGAAGGUCAAACAGCAUGUGAUAUUGCUGUUAAGAAGAACUUUCGAGAGAUUGCUGAGUUCCUUGAGACCAAAAUGGUGUUUAAUGUGAGUAAAUUGUGUUGAAUCAGUUAGUUCUGUAUAUCUUCCCAAAAUGUCCAUAAUUGUGUAAAUGUGGCAUAUUGUCAAUAAACUGUGACAAUUGAUAUUUUAGGAGUCAACUGGAUCAGAUGAUGAAGAGAUAAUUCCUGUUGAUGACAAUGUAUGUCAUUAUAUAUAGUGAACUGUUUAAUCCAUAAUGUGAUGGCAGUGCCAAACAUUAACUGCCUAAAGCCCGCCGCACAUGAGAGCAACUUGCUGAGUUAACUGCCUCGCGAGGCGGUUACCUCAGCAAGUUGCUCUCGUGUGCGGAUAGUUUUCGUGAGGAUUUGAGGCCUUGAGGAUCGAAUAUAUCUAUUGUGCUUGAUAUUUUUCGCCUCGCAAGGAAAAAACCUCAGCGUCUGCGGAUGUUGUGAGCUAAGUGCUGAGCUGUUUGAAUCAAUUAGCCAAUGACAAACCAUGGUUUCUUCAUGUGACUUGGAACAAAAUGGAGGAAAAUGCAAAUGAUUUUGUCAAUUGUGUUGUUGUUGAGUAGUUUUCUCAACGUGUGCGGUGAAAAUACAUAGCUGAACUAGCUGCCUCGCGAGGCAGUUAGCUCAGCAAGUUGCUCUUGUGUGCGGCAGGCUUUAUGCACAUUUAUAAUUGUUUACUUGUUGUUGUUUACUUGUUGUUAUUUACUUGUUACUUAUUUGUUGUUUACUUGUUGGUGUUGUUUACUUGUUGUUUACUCGUUAUUGUUUACUUGUUAUUGUUUACUUGUUAUAUUUACUUGUUGUUUACUUGUUGUUUACUUGUUAUUGUUUACUUAUUAUAUUUACUUGUUGUUUACUUGUUAUUUACUUCUUGUUGUUCACUUCAUGUUUACUUCACUUCACUGUUGUUAUUCACUCCUUGUUGUUGUUGUUUAGUUUUUGCUGUCAUUUACUUAUUGUUGUUGUUGUUUACUUGUUGUUGUUGUUGUUUACUUGUUGUUGUUGUGUUGUUUACUUGUUGUUGUCGCCGUUGCCAUUGUUGUUUACUUGUUGUUCUUGUCAUUUACUUGUUGUUCUUGUCGUUUACUUGUUGUUCCUGUUGUUUACUUGUUGUUCUUGUUCACUUGUUGUUGUUGUUGUUUAGUUUUUGUUGUCAUUUACUUGUUGUUUACUUGUUGUUGUUGUUGCUUACUUGUUGUUGGCAUUUAUUUGUUGGUAUUGUUCUUUAUGUUGUUGUUGCGAUUAUUUUUCCUGUCCUUGUUGUUUAUGAUGUUACUGUUUUCAAAGACAAUUUGUUUAGUAAUUUGUUUCACCUAAUAUCAUUUUUUGUUCUGUCAGUUCACUCAGUCACAGUGUGGUUUGGGUGCCAAAGAACUACAGGAAACGAAAGACAAGCUACUUGUACAGAUGGCUGACAUGUUACAGGUGCGUAUAUAAAAUUACCAUAUCUUGUAAAACGGAUGCCCUGUGCUUUAGUUUAAUCUUUCAUACAUCCUUUUCAUUUUUAGAUUUCACUAUCUAUGGCGGAAGGUCUCCUUCGAUAUUUUGGUACGUUUCAUGAGUUUUUGUACAAUCUUGUACAAAAUGCGACAAAUCACAAAUCAAAUGCGAGCCUGAAAAUAAAUUUCCAACGGUGCCUGACGAAGUGUCAGGUACCAGCUGAUUGGUGCCUGACACUAGACCUUUUGUUCCUGAUAAAAAUAUCAACGCAAUAGAGCAAAUAUAGUUUUUAGUGGUCCUUGAAAUAAAAGAAGCCAAUAUAUGAAAAGCUUAGUAACAACAAUUAAGCCACUGGUCAAUUAUGUCAUACGGAAUCGAACAAUCAUAAAUUUCACAGCAUUUUCACAGGCAUAUUGUCUGAAUGUUCAUACGUGAUAAAAUUUGGACAUACAAAUAAUUUUUAAAUGCGGAAUGCAAAUAUUUUGAAAUAUUAUAAUGAAAUUUUUAAUGCCAGUUGUAGACAGUUUCACCAAUAGUUUGUAUUAAUAUGCUGCCGGACAAACUGUCCGGCGAAAAACCAGUCGUGCCGGACAAGUACCUUUUCGUACAGGACAAUGUCCGUACCUGCCGCUUAUUUUCAGGCUUGCACAAAUGAAUGUUUAUAAUGAUGAAUAAUUCAUCUUUAGACUGGUCACGGGAAUCUCUACUGGAGGCGUGGAUAGACGAUCCUAUUGCCGCUUGUGAGAAGGCUGGAGUGACUCCCUCGCAAGGUUAAUGUAAUUCAACAUCGUUAUUCUACCGCCUGAAAACUUCCUGAAAACACUGUCGGGAACAUUCCAAGCAAAUUCUCUAAAUAUUUUCAAUUCCAUUUCAGAAUCAGAAAUUGAAAAUUCUCUUGUAGAUGAUCAACCAAACGAAAACGUAAGAAAAAACGACAUUUUUCUUACGUAUAGAAAGAAUUGCUACCAACUAAAGCUAGUUUCUCUUUUCCAUUUAGUACGAAUGCACAAUUUGUUAUGAAACACUAGAUGUAGAAAUGUUUUCUGUUUCGGUGCCUUGUGGCCACAAGUUUUGUACCUCUUGUUGGAAAAGGUAUAAUCUCAAAUGCUCAUUACUUUGAUGAAGUUUCCUUUUCAUUUAUAUUCCUUUUAAAGAACUUACAAAAUCUAUUUGAACUUAGUUUUAUAUAGUUUACAUGUAUGGCAAUUUUGUUCUAGUUAUUUAAGCCUGAAAAUCAGCGAUGGUGAUAUCUCAAACAUCAAAUGUCCAUCAUUUAGAUGUUCAUGCUUGGUUCCCGUGGUAAGUGUAGUGGUUUCAAGUAAAGAAAGAAAAUUAUACUUCGUUACAGUACUUGAGUGCUAUUUUUGAGAAGUCAGCGUGUAACAAAUUAAACUUUUUCUGGACUACAUUUAUUGGAACAAAGUCGUUUUUACGAAGUAUCGUUUUACUUCGUUACUUUCUAACUUUUGUUUAAUUUUACGUGAUUUAUUCCGGACUUAUUUUAAUUCGGGAUAGGUAAUAGGGCCUCUAUACAUACAUCUGGGAUCUCUCGUUCGUGGCUUACUUAUAUAAACGUUAUUUAAAGGAUUUCUUAUAUCUUCAACAAAGUCUGGAAAGCAUGCCAUGUCGUGAAUAUUGUAUAAUAUAGGUGCGCGCAUAUAUUGCGUGUGCUGUUUUGUGUUUUUUGUAUGUCAACCAUUGGAGAAACUCACACACACUUUACAGACAAAUAGUACUUUUACUUUUUACUUCAAGUAUUUUUAGGAUACUUUGUACUUUUUACUUAAGUAAGUUUUGCCUCCAAUACUUUUUAGUCUUACUCAAGUCGUUUUAUUGUUAUAAUUACUUCUACUUUUACUCGAGUACAAAUUCACGUUAAUUUAGGCACCACUAGGUAAGUGCGGUCAAAUUCAUAUUGAGGAAAUAACUAAAAUAACUGAAAGAUUCUAGAGAAGCAGCAUUGAUCCUUGUACUCCCCAAGCUUAACACGGAUCACGUCAAUAUGAGUUUGCGCAAAAUCUUCUACUGUAGAUUUACUAUUGUUGUAAAAUGUGUUUUAGGAUGUGAUUGAAAGCGUUGUCCCGAAAGAUGUAGCUAAGAAAUAUGGGAGGUUUAAUAUACAGGUAUGAAUAAUUCCUGUUCCUUUGAAACACAUAAUAGAGCACAUCUAUUGCAGUAUAUACUUCAAAUCAUGCAGAAAUUUUCUUAGACAAAGUAAUCGCAAUUGAAAAUAUGGUUGGGUUGAGUUAAGUUGACCUUAAAUGGCAUUGGCAAUAAAAAAUUAGUUUAGUUCAUUUGAAAGAACUCUUAAAAUUAUAUAUUAUUAAACUCUAUUACAGAUUGUUUACAUCUUCCUUAGUUUUCAAAAUAUUUUGACUGAAAAAAAAGUGAGCUGUUCGCCAUCUUGGAUUGUUGAGGAUAUGCAUGUUACGUCAAGAGAGGGGUCACGUUAAUUUUUUUAUAUUGACAGUAAAACUGGGUCCAAAACUUCGUUUCUGGUUGCCCUCUGAAAUUUAGAAAUGAUUAAAAACAUUUCAAACAAUUUUGGAUUGUUACUCGGUCAUUUUAGAGUAGUUUUACAUGGUUAACCCAACUCCUGACGUCAUCAAAACCAUAGUUAAUGAGGUCAAGAAUUAGUCCAAGAUGGCGGAAAUCUCAUUAAUUUCGGUCUAAAUAUUUCGAGAACUAGGCAAGAUAUGACAAAUCGGUAAUAGAGUUUAAUUAAUACAUAACUUUAAGAGUUCUUUUGAAUGAGACAAACUAAUUUUUUAUUGCCAAUGUCCUUUAAGUUUAUCGUCACCUUCGUUUCAUUUACGUAUGUACACAGGCGUUCGUGGAUUCGAAUCCCAACUUGAAAUGGUGUCCAUUCCCUCACUGUGAUAACGCGGUUCAGUUGCCUGAACAUCAAAGUCGAGAGUAUUCUAUUGGAGCGGGAGCCAUGUCAGAGACUGUGCCUCUCAUUGUCGAUUGUGGAAACGAACAUUACUUUUGCUGGUGAGCAUUGACAUAGUUAAGGACUCUCAGCAAAAUUUAAACCGGUGCAAAGUUGAUGAGAGUCGGCGGUUAAUUCUGUCGAGCCCAAAACAAAUUAUCAUGAAUAAACACAUUUACGUAGUUUGAGAAAUUUUGGAUCAAGAGAAUUAAUUUUUUAAAUUGUCAAGAUAAUUGGCCAUUCCGAAGUUGACGAGAGGACUGGGGACGAAUGUUAAAAAGUGCCCAAAUUAAGAAAUUAACCAACCACCUCAAAAUUAGUAAGUAUACAAAGUUUGAAGACAUUUACAUGAAUACUCUUCGAAUAAAAAGCUUUCUAAAAUCGCGAUAUUUACUAUGAAAUGUACUGUAAUUUUUGUUUUUGGAGACGCGCGUCCCAAAAACAAUAUUUUAAUCAGUAAUUUCACAAUUUUCGAAAGCUUAUUAUUCGAAGGGUAUUCAUGUAUUUAAAACGUCUUCAAACUCUGUAUACUUAAUACAUUUUGAGGUGAUCUUUUUAGUGAUUUGGUUCAUUUCUUAAUUUGGGCACUUUUUAACACUCGUCCCCAGUCCACUCAUCAACUUCGGAAUGACUAAGGGAAAACAUUUUAUGAGAUUUGGGGGUCACCAAUAUCGUUUUCGAAUUAAAUUACUUUAAUUUAAUUUAAUUUAAAGCCAAAAUAUCCGCCAUCUUGAAAUGUCAUUGUUUCCAGAGCAACGGCAGUUGUGUAACUUUUGUGAAAAAAUUCAAAACGUUUGGAUGUUCUUUUACAUCAGUAAGAUACUUUUUGUAUUUCAUCAAGUCCAUUUGCCACUUUUCCAUGCAUGUCUUACCUGACAGCGGAUCUUCCAUAUUCUUAGGGGCCAUUCACAAAGGAUGUCCGAGCCGAGGGGGGGGUUGGGAAAAUCAGGACAAACUCGGACAUAGGGGGGGGGAGGGGGAGUUUUAGCAAUCCGGAUGUCCGAAAUUUAAAAAAAAUCAAAAACAAAUUUCUUUUUCCCUUUAUUUUGAGCAGUCCUUCCCAUUGUGAAAUUGGCAUUUUGACUAUGCAGUUAAUACUAGAUUUUGUUUUAAUUAGUAAUUUAUAUGUUUUUGUAUUCACAUUUAUAGUUAUAAAAAAGUUCUAAAAGUAAAAAAAGUUUUUUACUCUUGACAUAUACAUGGUUGCGUGAGUUUUUGCGAGGCAUGGCGGAUGUCCGGGGGGAGGGUCACUAAUUCGGACAAUGCCGGACAAGGGGGGGAGGGGGUUCUGAAAAUCCAUCAUUUGGCCGGACAUCCUUUGUGAAUGGUCCCUUACAUAUUUACUUUAUGUUAGGCACUGUAUGGAGCAAUCUCAUGAGCCGAGCACGUGUGAAGGUUGGAAAAGAUGGCUCGAAGCAAUUGAAGAAAUAUUACCAAAGCUACCGAAAGAUGGUAUGUAUACAGUGCAUCUCACAAACUCAGUAAUAAUUCAUGAGUAAAUUAGCCAACCAUAUUGCUUUAUUUUGCUCACAUGAUAAUACUGGAUACUUGGUGAAUAUAAUUAAUUCAGUCCUUGGACUGGAUCAAAAUUAAUUCACCUCACUUUAAGUAGUGAUGUAUUCGUAUUAGAUGUCAUUUCAAAUCCUCCAAUUUGGACUAGACUAGAUUUCAAGUCCUCGCAUUUUGAUCAAAUUGCGCGGACUUGAAAUCUAGUCCAGUCUUCAUAGUCGGAUUUGAAAUAUUACCUCUUGCAGUAUAUGAUGCGAUUUAGGACAUCUGAUCAGGGAUAGAUUUACAGGGGGGGGUGCCCUUAGCCCCUACCAGCCUUGGCAAAGGAUUUGACAUGUACCUGGCUGUUACAAUGUUUCAAUGAAAUUCUGAUUCUUGUUUAGAUUUAAAAGAAUGUCCAGAGACAGAGCGAGUUGCAAAUAGUUUGUGGCUAAUUACGAAUUCCAAACCUUGCCCAAAAUGCAGUUCUCCAAUACAGAAAAAUGAAGGGUGUAAUCAUAUUAAAUGCACUAAGGUAUACAUACGUUGUCCAAAUAACACCGAACUAAAUUUUGUUAACGAAAUGUCCAAAAUGACGAGACAGCCUGCAGUCGGCUAUUUAGUAAACUGCCGGCAAUAUAGUGACUAUAGUCAGAUAUAUGUAGCGAAAUACACCGAUUCCAACCCCAAAUUCUAAAAAAGGUGGAAAAAAGUUUUAAAAAGGGGAAAAAAAUUAAAUUAGACAAAAUACACCCGGGGCCGGAUCAGACCCGCAGUUUCCCCUGCGGUUUCACCUUGCUAAUUGCAAACGAAAAGAAAACUAUACUACCACAAAAAGGAAGCUGGUUGCCGGCCAUCUAGUCCCUUCAAUUUACGAAAUGUACGCCACUCUAAUUUUAAAAUUUAUUUUGAAUGUAGUGUAAGCAUGAAUUUUGUUGGGUUUGUUUGGAGCCGUGGAAAAAACACAACUCGUCUACUGGCGGUUACUUCAGGUUAGUAAGAAUAACGACGAGUUAUUAACCAGUUUGAGAAAUGUGAAAGAUAAUUUUAGACGAAGUCAAACCGGAAUGAAAAUUGAAAUUGUCAACAUGUUUACAUGAGACCGGUACGAAAAUCACAAAAUUUUCAAUUUAUUCCCCUUGCCAGGCAAUUUUCUUUUUUAGAUGGCUUUUGUUAGCAUGUGUUGUUCCAAUGUCAAGGUUACAGCCUAGACCGGUCUGAAAUGUAUUUGUGUUUACAUUCAUCCCGCUCUGAAUUCAUGCCGGUUUGCAGCCAGUCGGUUCGGUCCAGAAGGCGGAAUUACUUGAGACCGGUCUGAAUUAUUUUCGUCCCGUGGUCUCAUGUAAACAUGUAUUUUAAAUAAUACUAUGACCGAAACGAAAUGUUCCCGCUUUGACUUCGUUCCGGUCUCAUGUAAACAGGGCCUAACAUGCAUUUACACGAUUUAAAGGUAGAAGUAAAGCCCCGGUGAAACUCUUGAUGAAACGAGAAUGAGAUUUGACGAGAGUUGAUCAGAGUUACAGCUUUCAACUCUUACGUACUUUCAUCAACUCUCAUCAGCUUUGAGCUGGUUCAAGUUUCGAUGAGAUUUGAUGACCAUCUGUCCAGUGAUAUCCAGUCAACUCUUUUCUCACACCUCACACAACUCGUGUUCUCGUUUGACCGGAACACGAAAGGUGCGAAAACUCUCAAUGCUAACUGUCGCCGCUUCUCAAUAAACGGUUUAUCUUCACAUUUCUCCAGGUGCAAUCGUUACGAGGUGGUCCGUAAUGUCAAAGAAAAAGUAUUGGAGAAAACACAAUCCGUAAGAACUUUUAUAUUUUUUUUGCAUUUGAGUGACUGACUCGCCUCUAUAUAUCUUCGUAAAAUUAACUCGUUUAGCAUUUCACUGAUUUUCUCAUCAGAUCAAUGAGGAGCACAAGAAGGUCGAAGAACUUAACCAUUUCCUUCACUACUAUUCUCGUUUUAAAAACCACGAAAAUAGUUAUAAGGUAAGAAUAUUUUGGAGGGCAAAUGGUCAGUUUGAGUACAUUGAUAUUUCGAGAUGUCUACUGUAAAUACGUAUUCGUCUUGUUUUGUUUUGUUUUGUGUAGUUGGAGGAACCGCUUCUCAAGUCAGCCAAAGAUAAAAUGGUCGCCUUGGCAAUCGCGGCAGAAUCAGGUUAGAAUUAAAUAUUGGUUAAUAUUUCUGGAUAAUAAAAUAUACUAUCUUGUUAUCAACGUUAUAGAAGGGAACAGCUAUUAAAUUAGGAGAACAUGCGAUUUUUAAUACAAUCUGUCUGGAAGCACCAGGGCUCGAAGUAGAGAAAAAAUAUGGCUAAAAAUUUUUUGGCAGGUGAAAUAAAUUUUAGCCUGCCAUUUUUAUUCAUUGAACUGCCAAAAUGGCGAUGAUAUGAGUCAUAUUGUAAAAUCAAUGUUUUCAUGAUGUGCAUUUUUACUAUUUUUAAACCUGUCUAUUUUACUACAGUAAACUUGGAUUUACAUUUUAAAUAUAAACGUAUUUAGUCCACUAAAUGAUCUAGUAUAUAUAUAUAUAUAUAUGAAUUGUGGUAAGCAAAUGAAACGAGAAAUACAUCUAUAGAAUUUCACAUGCCAUUUUUUUUACUUGGCAGUUCAAAUUUGUUUUUGCCUGCCAUUUCUAAAAUAUGGCCUGCUUUUGACAAUUGACAGCCCGCUAUUUCGAACCCUGGGAAGCACUCACGAGACUACAUACAUGUACAGUGUGCAGCCCCAGUAAAAACAAGUAUGAGAGUUUGCAUGCAUGAGAGAUUUCUUAACUCUCGUACUCUUAUCAAAAUGUCAAACGAGAACAAGAUCGAAUCGCGUGAGACAGGGUCCCCACGGUCCUUGAAAAUCCUGGAAAGUCCUUGAAUUUCUUAAAAAAAAACCAGGCCUGGAAAGUCCUUGGAAACUGAUAAGGUCCUUGAAAGUCCUGGAAUUUUUUUUCAGUUAAGGCUGGAAAUAAUUGAAGAAUUAUUACCAGCCCAAGGAUUAUUGCCCAAAUGUUUAUUUUCUCCAAUUUCAAUUAAAAUUAUGUAUAACAAUUGUCCAAAAGUUAUGUUGCGAAGCGGAUAUUCGACGGUCAGUCGGUCACAUAAUUUGAUAUUUGUUCACAUUAUGAUUAUGUGUAAACUAAAAAGGUGGUUGCAUGGUCCUUGAAUAUACUGAAAAAGGUCCUUGAAAGUCCUGGAAAAGUCCUUGAAUUUCAUCUUCACUAAAAGGUGGGGACCCUGGUGAGAGUUGAGUAGAUGUUAUCGGUCAAACCGCGACCAAAAACUUUUAUCAACCCUCGUCAAAACUUAAACCAGCUCAAAGUUGCUGAGAGGUGAUGAGAAUCGGUGAGAGUUGGAGGUCGAAUACCCCACAGUUGCAUUUAUUUUACUCAUAUUUGAAUUUCAGAUAUAAUUUUCAUAAUUUAUAUUACAGCGCAGUCCUCUGCAUCAUCAUCACCAUCAACAUCUCAACCGGAUACAAGCUUUGUUGAAGAUGCCAUUAGAAAAUUAUUAAAGGCCAGGAGAGUUUUGAGAGCCUCGUAUGGAUAUGGAUUCUUCUUGGGCAGAAACGAACAGAAGAAAAUCAUCUUUGAAUUAAUGCAGGUAUUCAGUGUAGUGGUGGUUGGUAGCACAAUGAAAAAUACUAUACAAACUUCGACAAAUACUACCGUGGGUCAGGGAGAACACGUCUGUUUUAGUGAUUUUAUUUUUGUAUUCAAUAGCAUAAGAACACACAUGUUUUAUCUCACACAAGGCAGUCUUGCUUGAAACGCAAGUUGCAGCAAAAGUUGCCUCGUAUAACAUGCCCUUUGUUGUACCUCUAGGAAUAACAGAACUGAUAAGCUUUCCAGUCAAGUACUUUAGUUUAUUGUGUUCUCACGCAAAAAUCUCACAUCUUGUAACAAGUUUGUCAACAAGCCGUCAAAAACUUGUCUUCGCACUGCUUGUCACAAGUUUGUCAACAAGUCUGGAACAAGCUGUUAACAAUUUGUAACAACCUUGUUGAUAUUAUCAGACUUGUUGCAAGGUUGUUCCAACAAGUCUGAUACAGUCAUGAUAUAGCAGUAUUGUUACAACCUUGUGUCGUCAACCUUGUAACAUUCUUGUUUAUCAUGACUGUAUCAGACUUGUUAGAACAACCUUGUGACAAGUCUGAUAAUGCCAUCAAGCUUGUUACAAGUUGUUAACAGCUUGUUCCAAACUUGUUACAACAACUGGGAACAAGCAGUGCGAACGCAACUUGUCGACAGCUUGUGAACAGAGUUUGCAGACCUGUAACAACCUGUGCGUUUUCACGUGUGUACGGCAAGGGUGGAAAAAAUAGGCGAGCACGCGAGCACUGCAUGUUCGCAGGAAAUGUUAAACAGCUGCAGGAAACUCCUAAUUUGAAUGAAGAUUUGCUAUUGAAAAUUUGAAGGAAAGUUCGACACCCAUGUCCCACUAUGGGCGCAAUUGGGCGCAACAACAUAUGGUUGACAGACAUUAUUCCUUGAAUUUAAAACCAUGGUCAGCUAGAACACUAUAUGUUUAUGCACAUGCAGAUUUAGCACAAAAAUACUCCGUUGGUCUGCAGGAAAUUUUUGUCUCCAGGUUGUGCUCCCAGGAAGAAAAUUCAUUUUGCCUGCCCUGAUAUACGGUACGGUUUCCUUUCGUUUUCUUUAGACUGAGCUUGAAGAAGCGACGGAAAGUCUCUCCCAGAUGGUAGCGCGUCCAUAUCUGCGGACGCCUAGAACUCGAAUCAUCAGUGCAGCUCAACUUACACACCGAAAGAGAGACGAUUUUCUUCUUGCUCUGUCACGAGGACUUAUACCUCCCGACGAUUCACCACGAGCGAAGAGAGCUCGCUAUAAUUACCUGAAAAGGUUAGUGAAGAUAAGGCCCAUUUCCACUCAAGAAAACUUUCCGCGGAAGGAAAAAAUUGUAAAAUGUAAUUAGCCUUUUUCACGCCGCCAUUUUUGGGUGGCUUUUCAGCCGAAGUCUGCGAGACAAGUCCACAUAACAGCGACUUCUAUAAUUUUUUUGAGGAAUGAUGGUAAAUUUGCUUUGUAAAUGGUUCUUUAUUUUGAAAAAUUGCUUUUCACAUUGUUUUAAUUGUCUACAUUGCUUAACGAGAAUUAGAUGCCACCCAAAAAUGGCGGAUAUUCGUCAUCGUGAGAAAGGCUUUGGCCAACACACAUUUUCCGUCGGAAAAAAUUUUGAAGUUGAAUAUUUUCAACUUUUAACAAUGAUAUUUUCGAAAAAUGUUUAUACCUACUUUUGUUUUUGUAAUAAAUUGCUUUUCCAAAUUCAAAAAAUGGAGACUGAUUAUAAAGACUCCCCUUUGCCAAGGAGGGUUUACUCUCUCCCCCCUUCCGUAAAUAUAUCCCUGUUAGAGGGUGUAUACAGAGGUUUAGUCUCAGGACGCUAGCUAGCUCGCUUUACCAAGACGAAGUUUAUUCGUGUGUACGUGUUUGAGAGUGUUCAUGCAGGCUGGUUCGCCAGAACAUUGCACCAUGGUCCUGGCUAAGACUCUGUUAAAGAGGCCACUCUGAUUUCAAUUCUGCUUCCAGGUACAACGCAGUUUUGGAGGAGGACUCUGACGAGGAGGUGAGUAAUAGUGGAUUAUCCGUAUGUAAUGUAUUUGCAAAAAAAAUUAAAACCGACUUCCGAUUUUCGACCGUUGCUAUUAGCCAUUUCCCAAUCGUGUAGAGGAUGUUUGGAGGGACGUUUGGAGAGACAACAAGUUAUAGUGAGCAAGCGUAUUAAAAUAUGCCUUAUCAUAAUUGUUGCGUUUCAGGCUGCAUAAGCAACUUUAGGAAUGUAGGAAAACUUCCAAGAUGCCAUAUUCGGCAUAUUGUUUAUUUUUUGUCCCUCCAAACAAGCAACUAGACUCAGUCCUCUGCUCGAUUGGUAAAUGGCUAAUUCAAUUUGCUGAAAAUUAAAUAACGUAUUCCUGUAACUCCGGAACUCUUAUUUCAAAGUUUAUAGAGCACGUUUUUGACAUUUGAAUUUGAAGCUAGCCCCUUAGACUGUGUACAUCAUAGCUAGAGCGGGAGGUAAUAUUUCAAAUCCGACUGUGAGGACUGAACUAGAUUUCAAGUGCGCGGCGAAGUCGAGGAUUGGAUCAAAAUGCGUGGACUCAAAAUCUAGUCCAAUCCAAAUUGGAGGAUUUGAAAUAUUACAUCUCAUUACUUAAAGUGAGGUGAAUAAUACUCAAUACUUAAAGUGAGGUGAAUUAUUUUUUAUCCAGUCCAAGGACUGAAUUAAUUUUUGUCCAGUCCUAGGACUGGAUCAAUAUUCUUCAUCAGGUGUCCAGUAUUAUCAUGUGAGCGAAACAAAGCAAUACGGUUGGCUAAGUUACUCAAGACAUGAAUUAUUAAUGAGUUUGAGAACAUUUAUUAACUAGUUAGAACUGUAUAUUUUGUAGUUCUUAUUUGAGGAAGAGCCCAGUCUGCAGUUGCAGAAAUUGAUUGAAACAACUUUGAAGUUGAACCAUGAUCGUCAGUCAGAUGACAGAGAACGAAGAAGGCGAAGACGUGAUGUGGCACAUGGUAAUAUUGAAAUAUAUAUCACAAACAACCUGAAAUACAGGGUGUUCCCCAAAAAAUACAACAGCUAUAUGGUCCCAGAUUUUUAUACAGCUAAUAAUUACUUCUGAAGCCAUAGGAUGACCACAGAAUUUUUGUUUCAGAAACACUCGAAUACUUAAACCGUGAUGAGAAUGAAGACAGCCCAGAUAUUGAACAGAGAAGACUGGGCACUAGCCGUAUGUUACUGGCACAAGAGACCGCUGAUCUACAAAAAGCGAUUGAACUGUCUUAUUAUGACAUGAGGUCAACCAAUGAAAGUACAGGUAAGAUGUAUAUUUUAUUUUCAGGUAGUUGCAUUUCUGUCAAUCUGACUGUUAGUGUAUUUAGCCUUUUCAGGUAGUUCAGACACAAAAUAAAAGUGGCGCAAUAGACCAGGGAUGGAUCCAGCAUGAUCUGGUAGGGGGUGCUCUUCCAGCUCUGGUGCCAAGUUGUGUCGGCCAUUUGUGCUCAACAUAUACAGUAUUUGAAUUCUAAUUGCUGUUCACAGUUCACUUAUCAUCAUGUUAUUGCUCAAAUUACUGUAUUUGAUUUUGUCUCUAUUAUUUUUUGCUUUAUCAUGAAAUCCAUCCCUGCAAUAGACCCUUCCGGAACUACUUAGCUUUGGCUAUAGAGCCUUGUUAUUGGAAUUGAGAUAUCAAUUAACCCAUUGAGUGGCAGCACUCUCCCACUUACGAGUAAAAUCGUCUGGCAUUAGACAGAGUAAAAUAAUAAAUUAGGUCUCAUCUGGGCGCAUUGCCACUUAAAGGAUUAAUUAACAAAUUGGUAUCGAGAAAUUGUCUUGUUACUGGUGACCUAAUGAUAAAUGAUAUCAAGGUCUUUUAUAUUAUCUAAACUCGAUAUCUCAAAUCAUGAAAACGAGGCUCCACAGCCAAGGCUGAGUACUUUCCGGAAGGGUGUAUUAGAAUCAUUUAAAUAUUUAGGUCCAGAGACCUCAAGUGAAGUGGACGAGGACUUUAAAUUGGCAAUGGAACUUUACGCCCAAGAAUCUGAGUCAGAUAGUGGCCACAACACAAUGUUGUAAAAAAGAUGUUUAUAAUGGAACUUUUAGACUGAUGUUACAAAAAGGUAAAAUUGAAAAAUUAUCAGAGAUAUUUUGGUGUAAAUAUACAGUAUGUAGAUAGGAUGGUAUAUUAUAUAAUAAUUCACAAAAUUUCGUAUUAAGCAUUAUAGUCUAAUAAUCUUAACUAAAUGGUAUAAUAUAAUUGAUUUCUAUCUUUACUGGUUACCAUAAGGGGUUUAUACAAUUACUAAGGAAUUGAAUUAAUAUGACUAAUUUGCUGGGUUUUUUACAUAAUAUAUUGUCCUAAGAAUUUACCAAGAAUAGAAGAAUGCUAUUUAAAACAAUAUGUCGAGGUAUGCCAUGUCAUACCACAUGUCAUUCCUGAAACACACUUUGGCCAAUUGGGUGGCAAAGCCUCCUGAACUUCUAACAAAACCUUCUGAAUUUGCAAACCCCCCUCCCCAUAUACGUGACUCAAAAUUAGCUGCUUAGCCUUUUUCCUACAAAUUGUCUUUUGACAGAGGGGGUUUGCAUCAUCCUACCGAAAUUUCUAAAGCUUUUUGGCAACCAUGCUAAAAUUGAUCAAUAACUGAAUAAACAUGAUUGUAUUAGUAUUGAAAUGUUAGAGUAAUAUUUAUGAGAAGUAAAUGCUAUCUCUUGACAAGUUUCUUGCCUUAUUACUGCAUGGUAAGAAUCAAUUACAAAAUAUAUCUAAAAUUUACUAAAGUAUAAAGAUUAUAUAGUAGAAAAUUAAAAUUUUCUUGAAUAAACAUUUUUCAUGUUUGGCAGCAUCUUUUAGCAAUUGGUUUACUAUCUAGUUCUACAUUGUUUUCUGCUGCCGCUGGCUCGUCCUUUUUGUUAACUGCUAGUUCCUCCUUAAGCUUUUUAAUUUGUACCCUGUGUACUUUCUCGAUUGUCUCCUGGAAUAAUUCCUCAACGUUUGUCGCGUCAAGUGCAGAAGCCUCUGCAAACAACAUCUUUUGUUCCUUGGCUAAAGUUUGAACUUCUUCUGUGGGUAUCGCCUGCAAAUGUCUCAAGUCACACUUGUUCCCGACAAGCAUGACAACAAUCUGAUCCGUUGCAUGCUCCUGUACUUCUUCCAUCCAUCGGCUGACACUCUCGUAUGUUUUCUGUUUGGUGAUGUCGUAGACCAGAAUGGCACCGACGGCUCCUCUGUAGUAAGCACUCGUUAUUGCUCUGUAGCGCUCCUGUCCGGCCGUAUCCCAGACCU